AUGUCCAAGACCGGAGCCAUUCUCUUCGUGUUCACUUCCGCCGACAAGCUUCUGAACGGAGCCGCCACUGGAUGGUAUCUCCCCGAAGCCGCUCAUCCUUACUACGCUCUCGCCCCUCACUUCCGCAUCGACUCUGUGUCUCCGAACGGCGGCGAAGCGCCCAUCGACGGUAACUCUGUCAAGAUGUUCACGGACGAGGAGUCUCAGAAAUUCUUGAACGACUCCAAGGCGCAAGAGCUGUACAAGAAGACUAAAAAGGUGGCGGACGUCAAUGCGGCUGAUUAUGAUGCUAUAUUUGUUAUCGGAGGCCAUGGACCUCUGAUUGACCUUGCUAAAUCAACUGAAUUCGCAAAGCUCGUUGAAAACUUCUACACUUCUGCGAAGCCUGUGGCUGCUGUCUGCCACGGUCCCGGUGCUCUUGUCCUCGCCAAGAACCCCGCUACCUCAAAGUCAAUCAUCUCUGGCGUCAAUGUUACCGGCUUCUCUAACGCCGAGGAGGCUCAGACUCCUUACAACGAUUUUGUCAACAUCCUCCCCUUUAGCUUGGAAGACAAGCUCCAGGAGCUGGGCGGCAAGUAUUCCAAAGCAGAGCAGGACUGGGGAGUAAAGGUCAUUUGGGACCAGGGUGUUUUGACUGGUCAAAACCCUGCCUCCGCCGGUCCCCUUGGUGAGAAGCUUCGAGAAAUUCUUUUGGCCUGA